AUGACCAUUGACUUCCUGACCUACCGCCGUCUAGGAGCUCCCAAAUCUCGAUUGGGAUGCACAACCUGCAAGCAAGUCGAUCAUUCAGUGAUCCGACGCGUCAAAUGUGGCGAGGAGAAGCCAACGUGUCUCCGCUGUUCCAGCACAGGACGGAGAUGUGAAUACAAGAGAGAUCGAGUCUCUUCCUUAGACCCUUCUACGCCGCCUACCCCAGGUUUUCACCGGCCCCUAUCACUGUCGCCAAAUGCGGGCGCGCGGGAGCGUCGUGCCUUUGAAUAUUACUUCCAGCAUGCCGCUCGGCACCUAGCGGGUGGCUUGAAAGUGGACUUCUGGACCAAAGUCAUUCCACAGAUUUGUCGCAGUGAGCCUGCGGUGUGGGAUGGCAUGAUAGCGAUUAGCGCCUUAUUCGAACAUCCGAACCAGUGUUUGGACUUUACUCUUUUGAGGAACCGUCGCAAGGCCUCACAUGGGUUAAAUCAGAUCCAACAAGAGGCCUUGACAUGGUACUCACGAUCAAUAUCCACUGUUCAUUCACAGAUCAGUCGUGGCAGUGUAGAUCAAUAUACGGCCCUUAUUAGCUGCGUGUUGUUCAUCUGCGUGGAAACUAUCCAGGGGCGUAUGGAAGAAGCCUUGCAGCUAUUCGGUCAAGGUGUUACCUUGAUUGGUGAUCUUCGAACUCAGCGCAAUCAUGGCAAAGCGCCUUUGAGCAAGGAGGCUCUUCUGGAGCACACCAUUAUACCUCUGUUUUUACGAUUGGGCACAAUGUCUCUCACUAUUUCGGGGACGCAGCCCAGUGAAAUCUUUUCCUUGAUGGACAAUAAUAUCGGCUUGGGCUUUUCAUCCGUUGAGCAUGCCAGGUCUACCAUGGUAGUUCUCGCUGCGGAAGUCAUGAUUUUUGAACGCGAGGCAGUCAUGCAUCUAAGGGCAGUCGGUGCAAACUCUGUGGAUACCGCCAGCAUGAUUGCGAGAAAACAAGCGCUUCAAACUCGGCUUCUCGAAUGGAAUGAAAUUUACACGGAUUUUUGCCGAAAUCACUGUGGCCCUACCACCGCCGUUGAACCCGACCCUUUGCUACCCAUAUACUGUGCCGCUGCAUCGAUCACCCUGACUGGUUGUUUGACAUCGCUGGAAACAGUGUUUGACGCGCACCUUGUGGAUUUUGCGGCAAUUGUCGAGCAGGCUACUUUGAUUCUCAACGUCUCGAGAAGGCCAGACGGCUCCCAGCCACCAUUUACAUUCGAGUCUGGAGUUGGUGUCCCACUGUUCUUGACAGCCCUCAAAUGCCGUCACUCGAGCUUGCGACGCAGAGCCUUGCAAUUAUUACGACAGGCCCCUCCAUUGCAAGGAUUUUUUAAGUGUGCGCCAAGUACUCUUAUGGCAGCAAGCUUUAUGACAAUGGAAGAGAGUUAUACCCCGGUCUUCAAAUCGGUGAAUGCUACGGUCGCUGAGCGCAUUGAGAAUGGCAAUCCAGGUGGACUCCCAGGUUCACUACCGAUGGUCAAUGUGGCCGACCCACAAGACAUCCAGGUUCCAGAAGAAGCCCGGAUCCAUUAUUAUUGCAUUUUCAGACCCAAAGAGUGGUGUCCUCCGGGGGUUGCUCUUGGAGAAGUUGCCAAGUUUGGGUGUGGUCCAGAUCAGCUCUUUCUACGCUUUUCAAGGAAUCACUUUGACACAAACAGCAAGACUUGGCGAGAGAUCUUUGAAUGCAUACCCCUGGGUGGCAGCCUAUGA